AUACUAUUUGACCAAAAACUGUGUCUACUUUAACUCUAUUCAUUUCAUAUUUUCUUGUCCCUAUGCUGCUUUGCUUAUGACUAAAAUCCUCUCAUCUUCAGUAUCAACUACUCCAAUUCUUGUUCUUCUGCGAAAAUGCAAGAACGUGGCGGAGAUAAAGCAAAUACAUGCCCACAUAAUCACCAAUGGAUUGGCUCGUUUCACCUUUAUAACCAGCAAAAUCUUAGCAUUAUAUGCAGUGUCACAAAAUGGAGACAUAAAUUAUGCACAAGCUGUUUUCAAUCAAAUGCCAUUACCCAGUUCCUUUGAUUUCAAUUCCAUGAUAUUGGGUUUCUCUCAAAACUCACUUUCUCAAAAGGGUAUUUCACUUUUUGCACGUAUGAAUAGUAUAAGGAUUGAAACAAAUACCCAUACUUUUACUAGUUUGCUUAAAUGCUGUUUUUGUUUAUCUUUGCUUGAUCAAGUUCAUUGUCAAAUAUUGAAAUAUGGAUACAAAUCUGAUGUUUAUAUCAACAGCUCUGUUAUCAGUAUGUACUCAAAACAUGGAGCAGUGGAAUAUGCUCGUCAAGUUUUUGAUGAAAGUAGUGAUACAAAUGUGGUUUGCUGGACUAGUCUUAUUAGUGGGUGUUGUAUUAAUGGAUUGAUUGAUGAAGCACGUGAAAUGUUUGACAGAAUGCCAGAGAGAAAUGAAGUUUCUUAUAGUGCAAUGGUUUCUGGGUUUGUUCGGAAUGGUUUCUUCAAUGAGGCAAUCGCGUUGUUUCGAGAACUGAAGAUAUGUGGUAACGUAAGGUUUAACGCGUCUCUUUUAGUUAGUGUUCUUAAUGCUUGUGCAGCAAUAGGUGCAUUUCAAGAUGGAAAAUGCAUCCAUUCCUAUGCAGAUAUGCAUGGGUUUUCUUGUGAGCUUCAGAUAGGUACUGCGUUGAUAGAUUUUUAUGCAAAAUGUGGACAUAUAAAUGAUGCAGUUGACUUAUUUAGCAGGAUGCAAUAUAAAGAUGUUACAACUUGGAGUGCUAUGAUUUUGGGGUUGGCAAUCAAUGGAGAGAAUCAUAGAGGAAUCGGCCUUUUUGCAGAGAUGGAGAGAAAGGGACCUAAAGCAAAUGCUGUAACUUUUAUGGGAGUUCUUACAGCUUGUAAUCACAAAACUCUGGUAAGCAAAGCUUGGUGGUUCUUUGGACGUAUGAUUAAAGUUUAUAGCAUUGCACCGGAGAUUGAACAUUAUGGGUGCAUGGUUGAUCUUUUGGCUCGAGCUGGAAUGGUCAAGGAAGCAGAGGUAUUGAUAAAUGUAAUGCCAAUCAAACCGGAUGGAGCUAUAUGGUGCUCUUUGCUUAAUGGAUGUCUGAUGCAUGGCCAUGUUGAUAUGGGGGAGAAGAUAGGGAGAAAUUUAAUCCAAUUAGAGCCUCAACAUAGUGGAAGGUAUGUCCUUCUGUCAAAUAUGUAUGCCACUAAAGGCUGCUGGGACGAGGUAAUUAGGUUAAGGAAAAUAAUGAAAGAGAGGGGAAUAGUUACCGUUUCUGCUUGGAGUUUCAUUGAGAUUGAUGGGAUUGUUCAUAAGUUUCUUGUUGAUGAUAAGGCCCACUCUUAUUACAGAGACAUGUACAAAUUUCUGAAUCAACUUAAUGAGCAACUCGAUUCCUAUUCUGUUGCAGAAGAUUCAUACUUAUGUAACUAGAUUCUCCUCAUAUGCAGAGCCUAAAGGCCUUCUGGGGCAACAAAAGUAAUUACUAUGGUAACAACAGUUGCAUAAUGUUAAAGCUAGUUGUUUGCCUUGGGCAUCAUCAGGCAAAUAAAUACUUUGAAGAAGGCGGUUUAUGCCUGCAGUCGUCUCUCUUGCAGCAGUUAUGAAUGACAUUAGCAUUUUUCUUAUUUCAUUGCUGCAGGUAAUUAAAGCCUUUCCUAUUA